AAUAAUUUCAACAGAUCUUUCACAUACGACCAUAGGAUUCUGAAUUCAGCGCUUCCCGUUCGCUCAGCGGUACUUAAGCAGAAUACCGGCGGAUUAGUAGUCAGGUGGGUGACCACUGGCGAAUCCCCGCUGUUGUAUGUUUUUUUUUUGCGUUUCUCUUUGCCAUAUGCCUAUUCUGCUCUCCAAGUGUGGUCUACACUCUAA